CAGCCAUAUGUUCAGCAGCUUCGACGCUCGGAUUACAGCGUUCCAAUCUUUUCCAGCCUUUCUGGACCGAACAUCUCCAAAAAUGACAGAUGGCAGACGCUCCUCCCAUUGUGGGCAGAGUUUGAAGGACCCGACCCCUCUUUUUCAGACUUUGGGGAUCCCAGUCCUGCUCCUUUUGGGUUCUUGUGCAAAGACGGCAAGCAAAGGCCCUUGAGUCCGACGGAAGGAAUAACCUAGGAAGCAGUGAAGCGGAGGAAAAGUAAACCAAGGGCUGCUCCAUCUCCGAAUCCUUUGCCUCUUUGGACUUUCCUGCUUGAGGGUCGUUUAGACGAGAAGAUCCACCAAUGGAAGACGGGCCGAUCACCAUCAAAAAGAACCGCAGAGUGAAGCCCAAAGGUCACUUCCGUUUUCAGGCACAGAAUUACGAAAAUGAGCCCUUCGUUUCCUGCCUGUCGGGAUUCUACAGUGGUCGGUGGAAGCGGUACGAGCGGAACAGAGUGAGGCCGGGGAAGUCCUGCUGCAACGUGGCAGAGGGCAUCUUUUUGAUGCUGCUGAUCACCACCUUCUCCUUGUGGCUCAUCUUUACAUACCUCUGGAGUCAAACGAAGAAUGACUACUACGCCUUUGACGAGUACAGCUUUGACAACAUGGGCUUCUGGUUUCAGUGGUCUGUUUUCCUCCUAAUAAUAUGUUCGUUCAUCCUCUCCUACCUUUCUUUCUUAAUGAUCCUAGCAGUGUGCCUGCUGACAAACACUCAACAGUUGUAUCUGCACUGGAUUCACAAGAUGGGGACAUUGUCCACCUUUGGUGUCGCCAUUACUGCUUUUACCAUUAUACAAACUCUGUGGAGUUCGCAAUGGACAACAGUCUACCUGUCCUUUCAGAUCUCCGCUCCUUUUUUCCACUUUUUUUCCAUCGUCGUCAUGAUCUUCCUGGCUUGGCCGGUGGGAAAGCAUUUCUUUCAGGUGGAAAACAAAGUCUUGCAGGGGUUUAUCCUUACUCCAUACCUGGCCGUCCUCCUCUUCCUCUUCUUCAUACCUUUGGGGAUGCACUCGCCCUGCAUCCGUGAGGAGGGAACAUUGGGUCCCAAGCCAAAAUUCAUUGCCCACAGAGGAGCUCCACAGAUGGCACCCGAGAAUACAGAAAUGUCAUUUCGUAAAAGCCUAGAGUUUGGCGUUGUUGGUUUGGAGACAGAUGUCAGAAUUAGCUACGACGGUGUCCCGUUCCUUAUGCACGAUAGGACUUUAAAAAGGACGACCAAUAUUGACGCCAUGUAUCCCGAUAUGGCGGACGUGGAUGCUUCCAUGAUGACUUGGUCAAAGCUGCAGGAGCUCAAUGCAGGGGACUGGUUCUUUGAGAGAAGGCCAUUUUUAUACAUGCCCACACUCUCUCCUGAGGAGGAAAAAUUGGUGAGGAACCAGAAAAUUUUCAAGUUCACCGAUUUCCUGAAUCUUGCUGACCAGGAGAACAAACGUGUCAUAUUUGAUCUUUUCCGACCUCCAAGAUCUCACCCGUACUCGACUAAUUAUAUUAAUGUCACCUUACAAGCAAUUCUACAUGAUUCACAGAUUAGACACAAUUUGGUGCUAUGGUUGCCGGAGCUAAACCGAUCUUACGUCCAGUCUGUGGCUCCCGACUUCCAAUACACUUCACCUAGAAUACGUUCUGUGAAGGACCUCCAGAGAAAAAACAUCAAUCACCUCAAUGUGAACUAUCGAAAUUUACGUUACAUGAAUAUUCGGGAAUAUGAGAAAGCCAACAUCACAGUCAACCUCUGGGUAAUCAAUGAGCCGUGGCUGUUCUCCUUGGCCUGGUGCUAUGGAGUCCAUUCUGUAACCACCAACCGUGCACACAUUAUGCACGAUCUGAAAGAGCCUUUAUUUCUCAUGACACCGCAGAACUUCAUGAGAAUGUGGAUGGUAACAGAUGCGUUGGCUGUUGUCCUCAUUGGUCUCUUAUUCGGCAUGCACUGGUGGAGAGAGGUGGGCGCCUACUGCUGUGAAGCUGAGAGCGACGAGUCCCUUGAGGAAGGCACAUGCAGCAAAUUUGGAAGAGAAGUUGGCGGAUUGUCUACUGUCAUCGAAGAGUCAGAGACAACGAUUGUGGGAUAGAGAAUUGAAGCGGAAGAAUCUUCCCCAUCUGUGAGCUGGCCCUCAAGGACAUGAGCAAUUUGAUGGAGAUGGCCCUGACUAGAGCGUCUUGGAUGCCGCUUGGAUUUUCAUGGACACCGAGUCAAGAUCCAUGGCCUGGAUUUUCAUGUCUGGAAGCUCAAAGAACACAUCUUCCUUCUUUCUUGCCCUGGAGACUUUUUACAUAUUUUUAGAAGAGGAGAAAGCUGGCAGAUUCCAUCUGGAGACGAUUCCCCAUCCUUGUGCAGCACGGAGAGUUCCCCUGGUCUUGGAAUCAUUCGGGCGGGGAAAGCCAUUCCCUUCCUGGCCUUUCAGCAACAGAGAGACUGCAUUCGUAUAACUCUUGCCAGUGAAAGAUUUUGUGAAAAUGUAGUUACUUCUACCAGUAGCUUCAUGUUGAAUCUAAGGCUCCAUAAGACGUUGGCUAUUCCAGCUUGCAGGUGCCUCAAAGGGAAAGAGGUCUAUAGAUAAUGUUUUUCUACAUUUGGAACAUCCUUUGUAAUGUCUCCGUUUUUUUAAAAAACGUAUUUAAAUUUGUAUAUAGAACAUUUGAUUUUUAACAUGUGUGUGGGGGAAAAUAAACUUUAUCCAUGAAAGAA